CAGAAGUGCUUCUGUCAGAGUAUUAGGAUGUCGUAGUUUGCAAAUUUAAUGGGGGGACAGAGUGAACCCUGAAAAAUUUCGGUUCCGAUACUGUGAUUGCUAUAAAGGUCAUGUGUGCAUGGUAUGUGAUAUUUUUUUAAGUGUAUCUUUCAAUUUUUUCUGUGUGUGGUUGUGGAAAUGGUACCGAGCCACUGCGACAGUUCUAUAUAAAUACAGUGGUACGUGUCGGUCGAUGAGUGCAGCGCCAGUACUUAAUUUUUUUGUGACUUUAUUUCUCAGUUUUCGUAAGGAACUGACACGGAUCUACGUAUAAGUCGACAUUCCAACAGUGUUAUAAUAAGGUUCAUGAAGUUCUCAUAAUAUCAAUGUAAGUGAACAACUUAACAUCCGGAUAGGUCUACAUUCGCUUCACGCUGCAGGCAUAGUAAAAAAAUUGUCAACAUUUAAAAGGAUCGUUAGAUUCUAAGGUGAGCCUGGACAAAUCUCUCGUUGACCCGUCCGGACUAUGAAGACAAGAGGAACACAGUAAUCUCUCAACAAACGUUUCAUGUACACCCAGUCGGACAUGAAAGAGUUGGCCUUGCCGUCCUCCUGUUGCGCCCCCCACUCGUUCCCCGCUGCCUCAACACGGGCUCUCAUCAGCCUCCUGGUCUCCGCUGCACCAGCCGCCACCAAAACAACAGAGCAACACGAAACAAACUCUACCAUCGGACACGAUCUAGAAGAGGAGCUGUGUCUUCAGGAGGGAGAGCAGCUUCGGCAGGCGCCGUCGGCAAGGGAACUGCACCUACAGCAGUUGACUGCCGUCGCCGUCGUCGCUGUCCAGAACCUGAAACAGAAGCAGUGUUAGCAGUCGGGACUUGGAAACAGUAUCGACAAGACAAGAAGCAGCAUUAUCAGAACCGACACAAGCAGCAAUGUCCGACGAUUCAUCGUCUCUAUCAGAGGAAGAACGUUCUUUGUUCCGUCCUUUCACCAGGGAAUCGUUGGCGGCCGUUGAGACCCGAAUCGCAGAGGAAUAUGCCAAGCAGAAGGAACUCGAAAAGAAAAGAGCGGAAGGCGAGGGGGAAUUUGGACGCAGGAAAAAGAAAAAAGAAAUUCGGUACGAUGACGAGGACGAAGAUGAAGGCCCACAGCCGGACGCGACAUUGGAACAAGGGGCGCCCAUUCCAGUCCGGAUGCAAGGUGCUUUCCCCCCCGAGCUCGCCUCCACCCCACUUGAGGACAUCGAUCCCUUCUAUCACAACCAGAGAACUUUCGUGGUGGUAAGCAAAGGAAAGGACAUUUUUCGGUUCAGUGCGACAGACGCCAUGUGGAUUCUGGACCCAUUCAACCCAAUCCGGCGUGUCGCCAUCUACAUCUUGGUUCAUCCCUUGUUCUCACUAUUCAUUAUCACCACCAUUUUAACCAACUGCAUCUUCAUGAUUAUGCCUACAACCCCCACAAUAGAGUCCACUGAAGUAAUUUUUACUGGCAUCUACACAUUUGAGUCGGCCGUUAAGGUGAUGGCAAGAGGGUUCAUACUUCAGCCAUUCACAUACCUUAGAGAUGCAUGGAACUGGCUGGACUUCAUAGUAAUAGCUUUAGCUUAUGUAACCAUGGGGAUAGAUCUAGGAAACCUGGCUGCUUUGCGAACAUUUAGGGUGCUUCGAGCUUUGAAGACUGUUGCUAUUGUUCCAGGUUUGAAGACUAUUGUUGGUGCUGUGAUCGAAUCUGUGAAGAACUUGCGUGAUGUGAUAAUCCUCACCAUGUUCUCUCUCUCCGUGUUUGCCUUAAUGGGGCUCCAGAUUUAUAUGGGUGUCCUCACACAGAAGUGCGUCAAGAACUUCCCUACAGAUGGCUCAUGGGGGAAUUUAACAGAUGAAAGUUGGUUCAAGUUUUGCAGUAAUGAUACAAACUGGUAUAUACCGGAAGAUGCACCAGAUUAUCCCUUGUGUGGAAAUUCAUCAGGAGCUGGUAUGUGUCCACCAGGUUACACAUGCCUGCAAGGGUUUGGUGGUAAUCCCAACUAUGGUUACACCAGUUUUGACACUUUCGGUUGGGCCUUCCUGUCAGCCUUCAGACUGAUGACACAGGAUUACUGGGAGAACCUUUACCAGCUGGUUCUGAGAUCAGCAGGUCCAUGGCAUAUGUUGUUCUUCAUUGUGAUAAUCUUCUUGGGUUCAUUCUAUCUUGUCAAUCUGAUUUUGGCCAUUGUUGCCAUGUCAUAUGAUGAACUGCAGAAGAAGGCUGAGGAGGAAGAAGCAGCUGAAGAGAAAGCCUUAAGGGAUGCAGAAGAAGCAGCUACUGCUAAAGAAGUGAAAAAGGCAAAACAUGCUGAUAAGUUAGCACAUGCAGCUCAACAAUCAGCAGAAGUAGUCAAGUCUCCUUCUGGGAGUUCAUGCCUUAGUUACGAACUGUUUGUGGGUCAGGCAAAAGGGAAUGAUGAUAAUGGGAGAGAAAAUAUGAGCAUUCGUAGUGAAGGAGGGGACGCAGUAAGUGAGCACAGAGGGAGAAUUGCUGGAGCCAAUGGAAGUAUGGUCCGCAAGGUGAGUGCGGUUCCUCACUGUUACUACAGAGAUUCAAAUACUGCAACUAAAAACCAGUUUACUUUUACAUACCAGGAAAACCUCGUGAAGGCAAGCCUGAGUCUACCAGGUUCACCAUUUAACUUGCGCCGAGGUUCUCGUGGCAGUCACCAGUAUACAAUUAGAAAUGGACGUGGGAGGAUUGUGGGUCCACCAGGUGGUGAUCGAAAGCCUCUUGUUCUGUCUACAUACCUUGAUGCACAAGAGCACCUGCCUUAUGCAGAUGACUCAAAUGCAGUAACGCCAAUGUCUGAGGAGAAUGGGGCCAUAAUUGUACCUGUUUAUUGUGCCAACCUUGGGUCAAGGCAUUCCUCCUAUACAUCUCAUACAUCACGGGUAUCCUACACAUCGCAUGGUGAUCUUUUUGGUGCGCCAAAGACAAAAGAGAGCCAAUUGAGAGGUCGGACAGUACGGAAUAACCCUUCACAGGUGCCUAAUUCUGCACCCACCAUGCCAGAUGACCGAAAAUACAUGGAACCAUCUAUUGACGAUGAUGGAACAGCGAAAGCAAAACACUCGGAUAACCCAUUCGUUGAGCAGCUGCAACCACCAGCUGUGGUUGAUAUGAAUGAUGUGAUGGUGCUGAAUGACAUCAUUGAACAGGCUGCAGGCCGUCAUAGUCGAGCCAGUGGGCAUGGAGUCUCGAUCUAUUAUUUUCCGACAGACGAAGGUGAUGAGGGUCCAACAGUUAAAGAGAAGCUGUUAGCUUUAUGUCUGCGGGGUAUCGACAUCUUCUGUGUGUGGGAUUGUUGCUGGCUGUGGCUCAAGAUUCAAGAGUAUGUGGCCCUUCUCGUGUUUGACCCCUUUGUUGAGUUAUUCAUCACAUUGUGUAUCGUCGUCAACACCCUCUUCAUGGCUCUUGAUCAUUACGACAUGAAUAAGGACAUGGAGAGAGCUCUCAAGAGUGGCAACUAUUUCUUCACAGCAACCUUUGGCAUUGAGGCAGUGCUGAAGCUCAUUGCCAUGAGUCCCAAGUUUUACUUCCAGGAGGGAUGGAACAUCUUUGACUUUAUCAUUGUUGCACUGUCCUUAAUAGAACUUGGACUUGAAGGUGUUCAGGGUUUAUCUGUGCUGAGAUCGUUCAGAUUGUUGCGAGUGUUCAAGCUUGCAAAGUCUUGGCCAACAUUAAACUUGCUCAUUUCCAUCAUGGGCAGAACAGUUGGUGCUCUUGGAAACUUAACCUUUGUGCUGUGUAUCAUUAUCUUCAUAUUUGCUGUCAUGGGCAUGCAGCUGUUUGGGAAAAAUUAUGUUGACAACAUGGAUCGUUUCCCAGAUAGAGGAUUGCCAAGAUGGAACUUCACAGAUUUCAUGCACUCAUUCAUGAUUGUAUUCCGAGUAUUGUGUGGAGAGUGGAUUGAGUCCAUGUGGGAUUGUAUGCUUGUUGGAGAUUGGUCCUGUAUUCCAUUCUUCUUGGCUACUGUGGUCAUUGGAAACUUGGUUGUAUUGAAUUUGUUCUUGGCUUUGCUGCUCAGCAACUUUGGUUCAUCCAGUCUGUCAGCACCAACAACUGACAAUGAAACCAACAAGAUUGCCGAGGCAUUCGAUCGUUUCUCACGAUUCUUUAACUGGAUUAAACGUAAUGCACUAAAUGUGGCAAAGAUGUUGCGUGCCAAAUUAACCAAUCAGAUAUCCGAUCAGACGCCAGGUGAGGGACCCUCAUCCAGUUGGAAAGAAGAUGCCCAUGAGCGUGAUACAGACCUUGACCUCACAGCAGAUGAAAUUCUGGCUGAUGGGCUUGUGUACAGAGACAAGAAGAGUCCAAAGGACCAGACACAACUGGAGGUGGCAAUUGGUGAUGGAAUGGAAUUUACCAUCCAUGGAGACUUGAAAAGCAAAUUGAAGAAGGAUAAUAAACUGUUAAUGAAUAACACUCAGGUGAUUGGCAACUCAUUUCAAGGGAAUCACAAAGACAAUCGGAUAGAGAAUGACUAUUUACAUAAUCGGCCUGAGGAGGACACAUUAAGUACGAAUACAUAUGGAAGCCACAAAAACGAUCCAUUUAAGGAUGAAAGCCACAAGGGAAGUGCAGAGACAAUGGAUGGGGAAGAGAAGAAAGAUGCAAGCAAGGAAGACCUUGAUCAAGAGGGAGAUCCUGAGGAAAUUGGACGAGAGGGAAACUUGGAUGAGGCCAUAGUAGCGGAUGCAAUCACCGAGACAGAUUCUGAUUCUAAAUAUCCUGCAGACUGUUGCCCUGAUAAAUGCUACAGACGCUUCCCCUUUCUUGCUGGAGAUGAUGAUUCUCCUUUCUGGCAAGGAUGGGCCAACCUCAGACAUAAAACCUAUAAACUCAUUGAGAACAAAUACUUUGAGACAGCUGUAAUUACCAUGAUUCUGCUCAGUAGUCUUGCCUUGGCCCUUGAAGAUGUACAUCUUCCUCAACGACCAAUUUUACAAGACAUCUUGUAUUAUAUGGACCGUAUCUUCACUGUCAUCUUCUUCAUUGAGAUGUUAAUCAAGUGGCUUGCUCUUGGGUUCAAAAUGUACUUCACAAAUGCAUGGUGUUGGUUGGACUUUGUCAUUGUCAUGCUGUCUCUGAUUAACCUUGCGGCUAUUUGGGCCGGUGCGGCUGAUAUUCCCGCGUUCCGCUCCAUGCGGACCCUUCGUGCACUGAGACCAUUGCGUGCAGUCUCACGCUGGGAGGGCAUGAGAGUAGUGGUGAAUGCUUUGGUGCAAGCUAUCCCCAGUAUCUUCAAUGUGCUCUUGGUGUGUCUCAUCUUCUGGCUCAUCUUUGCCAUCAUGGGGGUACAACUGUUUGCUGGAAAAUACCACAAGUGUGUGGAUGCCAAUAGUACAACUCUAAGCUAUGAGAUCAUUCCAGACCGUAAUACCUGCAUUGCUGAAAACUACACAUGGGAGAACUCGCCAAUGAACUUUGACCAUGUCGGGAAAGCUUACCUCUGUCUCUUCCAAGUGGCUACGUUCAAAGGCUGGAUCCAGAUCAUGAAUGAUGCCAUUGAUUCUAGAGAUCUAUUCAAGCAGCCAAUCAGGGAAACUAACAUCUACAUGUAUUUGUACUUUGUGUUCUUCAUCAUCUUUGGCUCAUUUUUCACUCUCAACCUGUUCAUUGGUGUGAUCAUUGAUAAUUUCAAUGAACAAAAGAAGAAGGCAGGUGGGUCAUUAGAAAUGUUCAUGACAGAGGAUCAGAAGAAAUACUACAAUGCUAUGAAAAAAAUGGGUUCAAAAAAGCCUCUAAAAGCUAUACCAAGGCCGAAGUGGAAACCACAAGCAAUUGUGUUUGAGAUUUGUACAAACAAGAAGUUUGACAUGAUCAUCAUGUUAUUCAUUGGUUUCAAUAUGUUGACAAUGACAAUGGACCAUUACCAACAAUCAAAAAGAUUCAGCGAUGUGCUUGACUACUUGAACAUGAUUUUCAUUGUGAUCUUCAGUUCGGAAUGUCUCAUGAAGAUCUUUGCAUUGAGAUAUCACUACUUCAAGGAACCAUGGAACCUGUUUGAUUUCGUAGUUGUCAUCCUAUCUAUAUUGGGGCUUGUGUUGAGUGACAUCAUUGAGAAGUACUUUGUGUCCCCAACACUGCUCCGAGUGGUGAGAGUGGCUAAGGUGGGUCGAGUCCUACGUCUGGUGAAGGGUGCCAAGGGUAUUCGAACUUUGCUGUUCGCCUUGGCCAUGUCCUUGCCAGCGCUAUUCAACAUUUGCCUCCUGCUCUUUCUCGUCAUGUUCAUCUUUGCCAUAUUUGGCAUGUCCUUCUUCAUGCACGUCCGAGACAAAGGUGGCCUUGAUGAUGUUUACAACUUCAAGACCUUUGGACAGUCUAUGAUCCUGCUCUUCCAGAUGUCAACAUCAGCUGGAUGGGAUGGUGUGUUAGAUGGGAUCAUGAAUGAGGAUGACUGUCGCAAGCCUAACAAUGAGCUGGGAUAUCCAGGCAACUGCGGGUCUGCAACCAUUGGCAUUGCGUUCUUGCUGUCGUAUCUUGUCAUCAGUUUUCUUAUUGUUAUCAACAUGUAUAUUGCUGUCAUUUUGGAGAAUUACUCACAGGCAACAGAAGAUGUGCAAGAAGGUUUGACAGAUGAUGACUAUGACAUGUAUUAUGAGAUCUGGCAGCAGUUUGAUCCAGAUGGGACACAGUAUAUCCGCUAUGACCAGCUGUCUGAUUUCCUCGAUGUGCUGGAACCUCCACUGCAGAUACACAAACCAAACAAGUACAAGAUAGUGUCAAUGGACAUUCCAAUCUGCAAAGGUGACCUCAUGUUUUGUGUAGACAUUUUGGAUGCUCUUACAAAGGACUUCUUUGCAAGGAAAGGAAAUCCUGUUGAAGAGUCCUUGGAGUUGGGUGAGGUGCAAGCACGACCUGAUGAAGCAGGUUAUGAACCCGUAUCAUCAACACUGUGGAGACAGCGUGAAGAAUACUGUGCGCGGCUCAUACAGAAUGCCUGGCGCAAGCACAAGCAGCAGUGUCAGGGGGGACCAAGUGAGGAUUCGGACGAUGCAGGCGAUGACGCGGAUCUCCACGAUCUCCAUCAGACAGCUGUUCUAGUAGAGAGUGAUGGAUUUGUUACCAAGAAUGGGCACCGUGUAGUAAUUCACUCGAGAUCGCCCAGUGUGACAUCACGAUCGACGGAUGUCUGAGCCAGGCAGCGUCCCUCCCUCCCACACACACGCAACAAUUAAAAUUAAGCCUUGCUGCCUGCCUAUCUUCCUUUCCUGACUGUGGGCUAGCCAGUAAGUUGACAGUGAAAUUUGUAGCAUAAAUUUCGAGCGUCCAGUUGAUGUCUUGUGGCAUAAGCACCAUAUCUGUCAUCAUGUUGACUAGCUUGUGGUAAUGCAAUCUAGCCCAAGGAAAGGUGAGGAGGAGCCUCUGUCCCUCUUGCAUGCCACCUGGACAAAACCAUUGGGUUGAGCUGCAGAUUUAGUGCCAUCUAUCUUUGCCCACCUGAAUGAAUGCAAGUGGCCAAGUGAGCAAGAUUGCCGGCAAAGGACAGAGGGAAAUUGUCAAGGUACUCUGCAGCUGUAAGCAAUAUAAUGGAAUACUAAAGAGGAAUCAGGUGAAGUUAAUAUCUCUAUCCCGGGCUUUGCAGUUUCUUCCCCGUCUUUAACAGUUGCUAUGCUCUUGCUGCCUGGCCCAGGAUAGGAUGGCUCUUUGCUGUGAAAGUAGAAUAAGGAUGAAGUUGGGAUUAUUGGGACCCAAAUGGCUGAGGUGCACGCAUGUGUACUGGAACUUUUCAUCUGUCCCUAUGGGCAGAUGUCCGGUCGCGUUGACAGUCACAAUAAUGCAGGUUAUUUAUAGUGCUGUGGAGAGCCAAAUUUAAUGGCAUGGCAAGUAAUCUCACAUCUUUGCUUGAUUUUUGUUCUCUGUUUGUUGUGUUUUUUGCGUGUGACAUCUUUCUAAGCCCUCCAGCCCCUUGUCACAGGAGAUGAAGGGGAGGUUUGGGUGUGGACUUAGGAGGGGAGGGGCGAGCACUGUUAACUAGUGAGGUCUGCUGUCUACUUGUGUGCAUAAGCUUCUUGAAAGAAGAUAGUUCUUAAAGGAACACAGUACUGAAAUGUGCUUUAUUUGCAAGACAAUUUUUAAAUUGAUUUGAUUCAUUCUCCAGUUUGCCAGUGCUAGAUAUUAUCUCUGUAAAGAAGAUUCAAGCUUGGUAUUGGAUAAAUGAACUUCACCGCCAUCACAUUAAUUAUUUUUGUAUUUUUUUUUUGCUAAAGUAAUUGUUGGAACACAAUGCUUAAAUGAUAAAUGCAACUAGAAUUGACUGCCUGUUUGGCAAAGGUUGGAGAGAGAUGCCUGCAUGUUAAUUAGUGUUUUCAAUGAAGGUAGGAUUGGGAAUAACAUAAACAUGUAUCUGUUGUUAUUUUUUCCUUCUUAUGCAAGCUCUCAUCGUGUUUUUCACUUGUUAUUUUUCUACACUACUUUUCUUUAUGAACAUAAAUUAUUCUUGAUGUAACUGUACAUAGAUUUUCAUCCCAGUGUGAGACUAAGUGCAAGUGUUUGUUGUUGAGCUACUUUUUUCCUUCCUGUCUUCAGGGAUGAGAGUUCAAAAAAUCAUAGACACUCCACCAUUUCUUUAUAUUGUCUUCAGCACAUUUAUACAUAAGAGUGACAGCUUUGCACAAUUUCAGAGGAACUAGAGAUAUUCUUGCAGCUAUAUUUAGUUCUUUCCCUCCCUACAGCCUGCAGGGUAUGUGAUCACGUUUACCUGUGCAGUUACAAAUGGAUCUUUUUUCAGCAGAGCUGAAUGACAAAUGAGAACUUCAUUUCAACAUAUGGCAGCAGCAUCUUUGCCUGGAGGUCACAGCAAAUAACUUUUUGCAAUGCUCAGUUAUGUAAUGUCCUCAUGGCAUAUAUUUUCUUAAUGUUAUGAACAUUGUAAUUUAUUUAUUUAUUUAUUGUAAUGUUUAAAACUCUUACAUUCUUAUGCUUCAGGGAGAAAGAGUUUAUUAAUUCAGACACUAUCCGUACCUCUUUCUUUUAAUACUGCCUGUUGUAUCAACCUUCACAGAUAGCACUGAUCUUCAUGCUGUAUGUUAACUGUAAUAUAAGAACAUAAUUCAAAAUGACUAAGAUCUGCAUAAUUUAUAAAAAUUUUGUGUUGAUAAUGUGCUUAAAGGAAAGGAUAAGCUAUUUUGUGAAUAUUGUUAUUCUCACAUCAGAAUAGUUUUAGUGAAAAAUAUUUGCUCCUGAGUAAGGAAUUUCAUUCUGCUUGAAAGCUCCUGAAGCAAUAUAAACAUUAGUAAUUAUUUAUUUUAAAUUGAUAAGGAAAUUGAAUGGCAGGUCUUCACUUGUUAAAUGAGAGGGGUGUAGCACAUUGAUACUUAUUUUAUUGUGAAAUCAAACCAUUUUACACUCUUUUCUGGUCAGAAUAUUCAGUUUAUUGUUACAUUAAUGUGGUAAUCUUAGCAGGCUGGUUGAUGCUAUGUUAGAUGCAUGAGGCCCUGUGUCCCUGACUCACUUGACUUCACUGCAUCUCAUCAUACAGCCCUUUCCUUCCCCUUUUUGGGAGUGUGCAUGGGAUGCUGAAUAGAACAGUCAGGGACUCAUCGUGCUGUGCGCUAAUAAUGGGUAUAUUAAAAGUUUAUUUGUUAAGUUUUAUACUCAGUCCCAUUAAAAGCAAAUAUUUCAAAAAAAACUCUUCUGGAAAAAGAGGGAGUUUGGUUUUGAUACAAGCUCAACUGUGAGAUACGCGCUUCUCACAUAAAUGGCGAUACAUUCGUGACUCAUUAAUUAUGUACUUUUAGGAUCUCUCUUUCCCCCCAUUUCUUCAGAAUGUAAUGAGACAAAACAGUUUCACAGAACUUGCUUUCUCUACACAUUUUGGUAUAUUUCAUGCUAGCAAUGCAUAAAUUGUUUUGAAAAUUAUUCUGGAAAGGAAAGAAGUCUUUAGUUUUGUAGUAUAGGCGUUCACAACAUCUUGCAAUCAAAUCAUCAAUCUACUGUUGGUGUAUGAGUUUAAAAUUAAAAGAAAGUUAGAGUGGUCUGUCAGAGAUGGAAUUCUAUUCCAGCUCUCGGUUAUAUACAGACUUUCAAUAUAAACUCUUAUAUUUAUAUUACGAAUGUCAUCAUAUUCAUUGUUAUUCUGGCUUCUUGUAUCAACAGAGAACAGCAACAAAACACAACCAUUAUUGAACUUUAAAUAUGGAAGGCUUUGAUCUGCUCUAGAGCUUUUUAAAUUCUUGCAAAGUGAUGCGAGUGUGGGAGUUGUCCGGUAGUCUAAGUAGUGCAGUCGUGUCCAGCGUUUUGUUAUUAAACAGUAUACAUACAACAGUCAGAUUGUAGUGGAAGAUAUGUACAUACAUUCAUGAAUACAUUCUCUAUAAAAUUGUUAUUUUGUAAACCGUGUGAUGUAACAAAACACUCAUUAUUGCUGGUUGGUUAUGCACAAAUUGGUUAUUGUAUGUGGCAGAAGAAGAUCACAAAUAUGCUAUUAUGUUAACUUAUUAAAUAACUUUUUAAAAAUGAAUUAUAUAACUGGGCUUUAAAAACAGUCAUUGCUCAAAGUCUGAAAACCAAAAUCUUUGUUACUUUCUGCAUUGCUUUUUUCUACACACGAUAUCCAGAUAUCCAGUGUUGCAACCAAAAUAUAAAAUAAUAUAAAUAAAUAAAAUGCAUGUCACGAAGUUAGAUUGCUUCUAAGGUCUGUGAUGAAGUUAUUUUAUUGAGUUUAACUUUAUGAAAACAAAGUUUCCUUGUUAUGUGGGUAAGAGUGUGUUAUGGUAGUCAUAAUUAACUAAUAACUAAUCUAUUGUUGAUGCUUCUUGGUAUGAGUGCUGCCCCAUCACACGAGGCUCGUGGCGGUCGAUCCUUUCCACGAGGUUCGAUGCCAUUGUCGCUGCUGUAGGUGCUGUAGACAUUUAAGAGUGUUCGGUGCAAAGCUGGUCUAGAUACCGAAGACACGCCGCAUAAGACCAUUGUUUUUAUUGAAAUGGUAACUAAUAGAAUUUCAUUCAGUCUCAUUAAAGUAUCUCAUAUGGCAAAAAAAAAAAAAGAGUUUGGAACACGCAAGUCCGCAUACUAGUCGGUAGUACGUGAAAUAAACCACUCGCACAUUUGAUGCAUAAUCAGUAUCUAGCAUUAUUAGACACUUUUCUAAGAAUGUUUGCAGGGAAAAUUCUUGUCAGUAUCUUCUCCAUGACAGGAAUUUUUUUAAGAAACAAUAAUUUCAAUAAGUUUAAUAAUAAGUAAUUUUAAACCAAAUCGCAGGAUUUGGCUGCUUUUUAUAAUGUACCGCACCAGUAAGGAAGUGAUGUGUGCAACUUCUGCGUCCUGUUUAUAUAUUAAGUUAUAUUUGAAUAACAGAGAUUAUAUUAUACAAUAAUUAUAAAUAAAGUAUGCAUAAUAUAAACAUACAUUACUGUAGGUACUGUAUGUUCAUAGGAUGUAUAAUAAAAUAAAGAUAGAAUUAUGUAUAUAUGAAACCAAACAACGAUUCAGUGGGAAGGCAGUCAGCUGUGAGCUAUAAUUGAUUUCAUUAUGGAAAUAUGGUUCAGGAUGUUAAAGAAAAGAAACAGUAUUUUUAUUUACUGUAACAUUUUUUCGUCUAUCUUGCUGUUAACCAUCCAUUCCUCAGAAUCAUUACUGAGUCAGAAUUUUUUGCCACAACAUUGACUGAAAAUUAAUGAAAGGUAAGUCCACACUGAAGUUAAUUAAUAUUGUUAUUAAACAUUGUUUAUUUACAGUGUUAUUGCUAAAUAUACUAACAAUGUUCAUUAGUUUUGUCUCUCACUAAUGUCUAUGUUUAUAAAAAUGCCUAUUCUUGUCCCUAAAUUUUAGGUGGGUGAAAAGAUGGAUAGCUGCAGUGUCUGUUCCUGCAAAAACGAUGUUUAAGGAACAAAAAAUCUCUUUGUAAAGUAUUUUGUGAUCUUUUCUGCUGUUGCAGUUCGUGUUUUGACAGUCUUUUGGCACGUGAUCAUUUAGAUUACAUACUAAUAAGGACAAGAUCACAUUGUAUGGCGUGAAAAAUAAAUACAGAACGUGAAUUUUACAAUCACUAACUGCUGUAAGAAACCAUAGACCACGCUAAUAGUCGAGUUCUCCGUUAUCAGUUUCUUCAGUUCACAAGCGAAUUAACAUUUUCUGUUAAACCUGUAAGUUUUAUGUUCUAAUACGAGUGAAAUUUUUAUUCGUGUAAAUUCAAGAAGCAUAUAAUUCAACAUAGAAAUGUUAAUGUGAUAUGAAUCAUGAAAAAUGUUGAUCGGCGGCGUUUCUUAGCAGUGUUAAUUAACAAUGUUAAUGUAUAUACUUGGUGUGGAUGAACCAUUAGAAGAAGCUUUCUACAAUGGUUGAGUCGCAGCAUGGUACAUUGGAAUACCAAGCAGCACACUUCAUAGCUUCAUCUGGCAUCUCGUAGGUUUGUAGAACGUACACACUGCUGCAGUGUAGUGUUGUUUCACAACAGUAUCUUACGACUUAUAGAAAUUUGCAUAUAAACUAUCAUUGCAGGGGGAGAAUUUUAUCAACUCCAAAUUUGCAUAAUUACUAAUACAACUAAAACACUAGCCUAUAUGUCCAUCUUACAUAAUUAAAAUAAAUAGGUUGGUUUAAAACGUGGAACUCUUUUAAUAAUAAAAGUGUCAUGUUGCCAUUUUUCGAUUUUCAAUUCUCCAGUUCUGCCUUUGUGCUCGCACUCACUUCCUUUAUACGAUGUUUUCGAUUUCACAGUUUGUACUGUAAUAACCUGUACAUAAUACAUCAUCGAAUAAAUUUUUGAUAACUUAUCACAGAA